AUGGGCAAGCCAGGUUCACGCUCAGAAUCAUCGACCAAAGCCGACAUCAAAUUCGAAAAGAAGCUCGAAUUUUAUGCUAAGGUUAGAGAUACAGUUUCUGGCUUGGGUGCCCAGAAGGCUAUUGUGAAGAAGAAGAAACUGCGUAGCCGACAGAAGAAACUGAAAGCAUAUGAUCUCUCUUCCUUCUCAGAGUUUCUGCCUGAGUUGAAGGCUAAAAAGCAACCCACUUCUGAGUUCAAGCUAAAUUGCAAAUCCAAGAAAACCCUAAUAUUGAAGGAAGGAAAGCAGUUGGCUACAGUUCUUGAGCAUCCCGCUUUCAAGUCAGAUCCCUUAGCUGCAAUUCAACAACACUUGGAGAGGACACAGCCAGUGAUAGAAGUGAAACCAGAGAAAAGGAAAAACAAAAGUGGAAGCAAGAAGAGGAAAGACAAGAAAUUGAAGGCUUCAGCCGGACCCCAAUCUAUGGAUAUGUGA